GUGAUCCGUUGCAAGUUGCAGUACCCAGUUCAUACCGUAAACGAUCUCAACCGUCAACUUGAGAUCAAUCCAUUCAACUUAAACCCUCUUACACACUUUCGAUAUCCCCUAUUUCUCUGCAACUACCCCAAACUAACCGCAAUCAACCACAUAGCAAAAUGAACUUCGACAAUUUCCAGAAAGCCCUAUCGGAAUUCCAAACCCGCUGCAACGGCCUUGUUCAAAACCUAACCACCAACCUAAACCGUUUCCCAAAAUCUCCUCCGUGGGCCCGGAUAACCCCCAAUGGUAUCCGGCCCUUGGCGGCGGAGACAAUCGAGCAGCGUCUGGAAGGCGUUCCUGUUUACGCUCUCAGCAACGCCGCGGAUGAGUUCAUGUUAGUGUCGGGCGCUUCCACCGGUAGAAAUUUGGGUCUCUUUUGCUUCAAUAAAGAAGAUGCUGAAGCGUUACUUCACCAAGUAACUGCUAUUGACCCUCUCAUGCCUCAAGGUUCCAAAGUCGUUCCCGUUGCUCUCAACAAGGUAUUUCAACUCAAAGUAAAUGGUGUUGCAUUUAGAUUGAUACCGGAAUUCUCUCAAAUCAAGAAUGCGUUACAAGAGAGGGAGAAAUCUGGUAUUCCUUCCGCUGACUUUUUUGGUGUUCCAGUUUUCCAGUCCAGAAGUUUGAUAUUGAAGAACCAGACAAAGAGAUAUCGUCCACUCUUCUUCAGAAAGGAGGAUUUAGAAAAUUCAAUUGAAAAGGCGUCUGGUCAGCUGAAUAGAAUAAAAUUGUCUUCCGGACAAGGAGACAUAGAGGUUGCUUCUCUAGAGGAUGUAAUAAAGGAAAUGAAGGAGAAUUCUACAUCAAAAUGGGAUGACGUUAUUUUUAUACCUCCUGGAUUUGAUGUUUCAAGUGCAACUGACCCCAAUCUGCUAUAGUGUGAGAUGAUCUAAACAUAAAAUUGAUCCUUUGUGUUACCUUUUGUAAUUCUAGUAUUAGUUUUGAAUUUUAACUCGUGGCACAUGUAUAAACGAUUAUUUAGAUUUGUUGAAUAUGACAGACUUCGGACUGCAAAAUUCCAUAUGAAAUGUUAAAUGGAGAAUUUGGAUUUUUCUUUUUUC